CCCCGGCCAACGUUGCAGCGACCUUAAAUGUUUGCCUUCAACUGGCAACCGCGCCGCUUUCUCGAGCGCGCGUCGCCGAUAACACUUCGCUCGCCCCGCUGUGAGGCGCAUAUGUUUAUGCAUGAAGGCAAGCUCACAGACAAAGCCUCCUCGCGACUUUUCAACAAAUGAGAUGAUUGUGACAAAUUUGACACACCGGCAUCAUAGUCCUGCAAACCAGUGGGGCCCACCAGUGCGUGUCGCUAACUUACACAUAGUCCCAACACAUAUAGUAUUGUCUGUGCGGCUGGACGGGCAGCCGCACCAGAAGUAGAACCAGCGAGGCACCCCCUGCUGCAGUCGCGAAGUCUCACGGUGGAGGCGGCGCAACCUCCUAGCUGCUCAGUACGUGGUCAAUAACCAUCGACCGUCACCGGACGAGCGAGCCUGUGGGCCAAAAAGCUUUCCGUGCAGGCCCAGUCAGCAGUCAGCAGCGAGUUUUGCGCGAGUCCAGCGAAACGGUCGUGACACGUCCUUGCAAAACCAGAGGGAGGACAAAUGCCUGCAGCAGCUGCGGACCCUACGAAGCGGGAGAUUUCCGGGUUCUUCCUCUCCCAGGAGAAAUUUGGCAGCCAUUGCGACUCGCUGGCCAGUCCGGCUUGCGGCACCGUCUCAUUGCGACUCUUCCACAAUGAGCCGCAACACACAGCCGCGGUGCUCCAGGCGCUGCGUGACAACACCAGCGUGACCUCGCUCGACAUUUUCGAGCUUGACCCCGCCUCCGCCUCCACGCUAGGUUCGCUCCUCGCCUCCAACCCGCGCCUCACCUCGCUUGCCAUCCACCACGCCCACGGGUUCGAGGCCGCCACGCGCCUCGCCGCCGGCCUUGCAGCCAACACCAGCCUCACCCAGCUCCACUUCUCGCAGCUAGACGCGCGCGGUGUGACUGCCAUCGCCAAUGCUGUCGCUGCCUGGGCCUCGGCCCCCCACGGCGCCCGGCUGCAGCACCUGCGCCUCGACAAGAGCCUGCUGAACGCCGAGGCAGCGGCGGCGCUGGCGGCGGCCCUAGGGCCGCAGGCGGCGGCGCUGGCCCGGCUGGCGGUGGUGGAGUCGGACAUGGGCGGCGAGGCGGCGGCGGCGCUGCUGGGGUCUCCCGGCUGGGCGGCGCUGACGGCGGCGCUGACGGAGUUGGACCUGUCCAGCUGCCAUCUGGGGCCGCAAGCCGGCGAGCUGCUGGGCCGCUUCCUGGCCGCACCCGGCUGCCGCCUGGCCGCGCUGGCCCUGUCCAACAACCGCCUACUGGGCCCCGGCGGCGCCACCGCACUGGCGGCAGGCCUGGCCGCCAACGCCAGCCUGCGCCGCCUGGACCUAGCCAACUGCGGCGUCACCGCGCCCGGCGUGGUGGCGCUGGCGGCAGCGCUGCGGCCGGAGGCGCCUGGCGGCGCCGGCAGCCUCGCGGCGCCGCCGCUGCAGCAGCUGUGCCUGAACGACAACGCGGCGGGGGCUGAGGGCCUGCUGGCGCUGCUGUGCGCCAUGUCGCCGUUCCCGCUGCCGCGCCCUCAGCCGGCGCAGCAUGUCGAGGGCCUUCUGCCGCCCUGUGGGCUCCGCACCCUGCAGCUGGACUCCAACCAGAUCCGCGGCAUCGACCUGGCGGAGGCGAUGGGGGUGGCGGCGCCGCCAAAGAUCCUGUCACCCGCCGCCGCCGCCGUGCACCAGCUGGCAGCCACCCUCGCGGCGGCGGCGCGCGAAGCGCGCGCCGCCGCCACGGCUGCCGCGACCGCUAAUGGCAGCGAGGUGGAGGAGGCGUCGUCGGCGCGGCGGUUGGUGCACGUGACGGGGCCGUUGGAGCAGGUGUCCCUGGCCGGCAAUGCGCUGUACGACGCGGGUACGACAGCGCUGGCGGCGGCGCUGGGCGGCGCGCCGUCUCUCGAGAGCCUGGAUCUGCGGGAGAACGGCAUCAGCGACGCCGGCGUGGCGGCGCUGCUGCCGCUUGUGGGCGGCGGCGCGGGCGCGGACGGCCGCCGCAUGCUGGGCGGCGCGAGCCGCCGCGGCAGUGCUGGGGGGGCCGCCGGCGCCAGCUCCAGCGUUGGGCUGCAGGGGCUGGUGCUGGACGGCAACCGCAUCCACAACUCGGGAGGCCAGGCCCUGCUGGAGGCGGUGACGGCGGCGCCGGGGCUUUGGCGCUUCUCAGCGGAGGCCAACAAGCUGACAGACCCGGCGCUGCGGCUGUCGUUGACGCAGCUGUCGCAGCUGCGCGCCGCCCGCCGCUCGCAGCUGCUGGUGCUGGGGCGGCAGUACUCGUCCUCCUCGUCCUCGUCGGGCGAGGACCCGGAGGGGCAGGGCCAGAACGGCCGCCGCGGCAGCGGAGGCGGCGGAGGCGGCGCCGACUCGGGCCGCCGCAGCGACGGUGGUGGCGACUCACACCGUAACAGCAUGGAGGAGGAGGACCGGCCGCCAUCACAGCAGCAUCAAAAGCAGCCGCAAAACGGCGGUGGCAGUGGUAACGUGGCAGGCGCAGCGAUGGAUCUGGACGAUCCUCAAGAAAAUGACGGCCACUUCCGCCACCACCACCACCAGCACAAGCACAGGCUGGAUGAGGGACGCGCCAGCGGCGGCAACAGCAGCGGUGACGACGAUGAGCGCAGCGGCGAGCGGCGGCCCUCGGCGGGCGGCCGCAAUGUCGCAGCGCGCGCCGGCCUGAACGGCGGCCCACACGACAUCCAUGUCAGCGCAGGCAGCCAGGCUGCAGCUGCCGCAGCGGCCAUGCUGAGUGCUACUGCCGCCGCAGCGGACGGCCCGGCGUGGCGCCGCGCCGUCCCCGCGACCAUGGACGUGGCCAGCAGCUGCAACGGCAACGGCAACGGCUGUAGCGACGAGGUGCCCACAGGCGGCGUGCGCCGCGACCUGCACGCCAUGGCAGUUGGCGCGCCUUGCGGCGGCGGUGGCGGCGGCCUUGGUGGCGGCUGCGGCGGCGCACACCCCAUGGCCAUAGACUCGCAGCCCUGCAUGCCGUCCUCGGCCGGCUGUGGUGGCGGCGGCGGCCGCCCGCCGUCGGUCGGCGGCGCCUCCUCGCACGACAGCCUGUUUGGCAGCUACGACCCGCCCUCACACUUGCUGGAGGCACACGGCUUCCGCGGCGGCGCCAUGGCCGGGGGCACGCCGUCGCGACAUGCGCCCGCCGGCGCCGCCGGUGCGCGCUUUGGCGGCAGCAGCAGCGGCGGCGUGGCCGGCGGCGGUGGCGGCGGCGGCGGCGGCGGUGGCGGCGGCAUGAUGGCGACGUCGCCGCCGCCGGCCAUGUGCUACGUGACGGCGAUGACGGGCGUUGGCGGCGCGGGCAGCGUGGGCGUGUCGAAACAGGCGGGCGGUGGUCGCGGCGGAGGCGGCGGCGCCAGCGGCCACGACUUCAAGUCCACGCCGCAGCAGAUCCUGCCGGCGUGUCGCCGGCCGCGCUACAAGCCCCUGACGCCGGAGCAGCAGCGCAUGUUUGAGGACUUUUGAAAAGGGCCGCCGCAAGAGCAGCUGCUCGAGCUGCUGUUGCGGCAGCAGGAGUGCGUGAACCUGUGGCGGACGGGCAUGACUAAUGCACGGCUGGCUGCUCGAAGUACCAAUCGCCUCGCCAUCGCUCGUUGGACUCUUUCGAUAAUGAAAAAAAGCAAUUGCACGCGUGCGCCCAGAACGAGGCUGCGUGCCGCAGGCGGAUGUACCUACAACGUAAUGAUUCAUGCUGUUCCGGCGCUGCCGCAAGCGCUGCAAGAACUAGCAUCUCUGCGAGAGUGUUUUGACGGCAGCCCUGCCUCUCUCUGUCCCGGCUUGGCUGCAAAGGUCCUGCCGACACGCUUUUGACGGGCUUUGAUGGGAAUCCUUCGCUCUGGGUGGUGUGGAUGAGGAUGUGGGUAUCAGACAACAUAGUGCCUUGAGGGGCGCUUUCGGGAGGGGGGGCCGAUAAGCACGACCAGCAGCAAAUCCUUAAUCCUACACUACUUGCUUGCUGCUGGUGCAAGUGCAAACUCGGGGCCGGUCUGGGCCCUUGGGGAUUCUUUCUGCAAAGCGUAUCCAAGCUAUGCGCGGGUGCGGCGGCCCGGUUUCUGACCGCGUCGCUGAAUGAUAAAGGCUCCGCAGAGGCGGGGCUGCGCGCCUGUCUGCGAUUGGGUUACCUUGUGUAGUUUCCAGGGCCUUCAAUCGGGCAGGUUUGCUUGUGCUUUGAUAGAUACCAGGAUUGUGGAAGCUGUUCCAACAGAAUUGUGCAUAGAAACGGUCAAAAGCUCUUACACAUCUAAGUGGCUGGGCAAGUUGCCGCCUGGUGCGGGCGGCUGCAGUGCGCCUCCAGACAACGGUGACGAGUUAGGAUCUGGGGCUUGAGACUUGAGAGCCCCAGGUGCGCUUUAGUCCACGCCCUGUGCCCCCGCAUUGCACACGCGCACUUUUCCAUGGUUGCCGCAUUCGGCCCACGUGCGCGCGUGGCACGUGCAGAAUGCAAGCGGGGUGAACAGGUCACGUGUAUGUGCAUUUGCUGCUAGGUGUUGCUGUUGACUAGUGUCUGUACCGUAUGCAGACGUUUUGGUGUAGCUAUGUCUCUGUAUUUGGAUAAAUAUCCCAUCCGGCGCGGGGGGUGAUGCCUUUUGGAUUUGGCCUGACGCGCGGUGCUGACUGUUAUGGAGAGAUUGUGGAACUGCGCCGCCCUGCAACUCGCGGACUAGGGUGAUGAUGCAGGUGUCUUGGCGGCGGGCCAGGAAGCGGCCCGAGCGGGCGACGGUGGUGGGCGACAGUCAGGUGUCGUGACGCAGUGCCAGGGAACGAGCGCGAGGCGCGCGGCCCCAGUCCGGACCACAGCGAUUAAUAGGCCGGCUGGGGUUGUGUUGGGUGCUGUGGUAUUGAGGGCACAGGCGGCGGCGACCACCAGAGGUGGGUGCCGGCCGCAAUGAGACCGUCAAAAGCAGUGAAGUUGUCCUUACUAUCAUGGUCAUCGUACGGUACUAUAGGAGCAGUGCGGGCGCGUGCCGCCAGCGUGGCAAGCACACCGCCGGUUUUUAGGUCUUAUUUGUUGAUCCAGUAGCUGACAUACGCCCUCAGGCAGCACGAGGGCGAUAGCAACGUUCGUUGUUAGUUGUAGAGGUGUUGAACAGGUAGCACGGCACGGUACCGCAAUAUGCAGACAUGCAGGUCCGCCGGUGGCGUGAAGAAUUUAUCGACGUGAGUCUUUGGGGUGCAGAGGUGGGUGCGAGCACAAAUAAUGCACACCCAAGUACUCGAAGCUGGAUGCGCGGCGGGGCAGUGCGCGGUCAAGGCGCUGCUGUAUGGUAGGCGGAGAUAGAGGGGCACGGCGGGCGCAGGGGCGCGGUACGUGCUGAUUUGGGAGAGGACACACGGCACGUGGGCACAUGUAAUCCUCGCCAGUGAGUUCUGGCACUGUCCA